AUGGUCGACCCAAUUCAGGGUGAAAGUGAGGGUGGACAGGAUGAACCGACAACGCGCACCAACUGGCUUUGGCGGCGAGCUGACUGGGAGGCACUGAGAGCUGAGCUCAGCCAGACAAACUGGGAGGAUCGUCUCACUGGCACCCUUAACGAACAGGUGGAGGCCUUCACCAGUCACCUGCUGUCCCUUCAGUCAAACCGCCAUCCAAGGUGGAAGACUGACCUGACUGCAAAGCUCUCAGGUCAGAAUGUUGGUAAGAAGGAGUGGUGGAGUAGCUUGAAGCAGCAGCAGGGCCUGGCCACGGACUCCACCAUCCCCCCACUCACCACACCGAGCGGUGAGGUAGUGACGAGAGGGAGGGACAAAGCCGAGCUAUUCUCCGCCCACUUCUCCACCAAAAUGAGUGUUACCCACCCAAACAACACUCCACCCAGGAUCCCAGUGCUAACAACUGCUGAGCUGGACAGCCUGCACAUCACCAUGGAGGAGGUGAUGGCCCUGCUCAGCAAGACCGACACGAAGAAGGCUCUGGGACCAGACAACAUCAGCCCUCACAUACUCAGGCAAUGUGCAGCUGAGCUCGCCACUCCACUCACCCAGCUCUACCGGGAAUGCCUCACUUCCCAAACAUGGCCAGCACUCUGGAAGCAGGCCAGAGUGGUGCCUGUACACAAGAAGGGUAGCAGGGCGGAUCCUAAGAACUACAGGCCCAUCUCUCUCUCUCCGUGGUGGGGAAGACGCUGGAAGUCCUCAUCACGAGAAAAGUCACCGCCUUCCUCGACGCCCACCACCUCCUUAACUCAAAGCAGUUUGGGUUCAGGCAGGGUAAGUCGGCAGCCGACCUGCUUCUCCUAA